AUGGAGCGUUUAGUUAGGGCUAUUAGAAGAUCGGGGAGUGACGACAAAUUAACAACGCUUAGAGGAAGAUCUGACGACAGCGCCAUCUUCCAUCCCUACACCUGCACCAGCCCUCACGAAACGCGACAUGCUCUGCUCGAGCUUCUUGCCUCUGAACGUGCCUAUGCAGGUGAUUUGGCGCUCCUCAGGGAUGUGUAUAUGAGGUUGGCGUCUGCUCCAAGCCGCUCUCGAUCUCGUCCCUCCCGCAAGUUUGUCUUCCUCUCCCAUCAGCUGUCUGCUCGCAUGUCAAAAUCCUCGACAGAGCUCCCAAAGAAUCAGCAGAACCUCCAAGGGCUCGUCUUGUGCAUGUGCCAAGAGCACCCUUUCCAUAGCCUGUACCAGGUAUUCUGCUUACGUCCAGAGCAACCCCAGGGCGCGCGAAGGACUUCCUCACGAUUUGAGCCCGCAUCAUCGCAGACGGAUCAUGGUGGAGCUGCGAGCGCCAUCUUCAAUAGGCUCCUUAGCGAUCCCAUACAUACAGCGAGGGUCCGAUCUAUCGAGCAGAAUCCCAUCAAGGAUCGCACCAUGAAGAAAACCGAUGACGCACUACAAAUUCCCGAUGCUUUGCUCAUUUGGAAGCUACGCGAUGUCCAGGUUCCUGUAAUGACCUGCCAUACAGGCGUUGAUCCAACCCUCAAAUACAACGACUGUAUUUGGAUCAGUCACUACGAUGCAGCAUUCAUCACAGUCGGGGGUGUCAACGUCCCGAAGAUCAGUGUCUGCUAUGGUAGCAAUGAGGAAAAGUUCAUGCAGCUCGAGAAAAUGUUUGAGGGGUUCCGGGAAGCUGCUAGCAGUUUGCGGGGCAAGCGAAAACAGAGCAUGGAUGCGCCAGUGGAUGCAGUGAUAAAGACGAAAGCGACGAGACUGAGAGCAGAACGGAGGCACGGGUUGAUUGGGUUUGGACAUGCCAGUGGCACUGAUAAUGGUCGCGUGCAGAUCUUGAAGAUCUUUGCGCUCAGCGUGGAGGAUAUGGUCGACGUACUCACGCUGCAAGAUAAUGCGGAGGGCGUGGAGAAUUAUGCCACUGCGCUCCACUUGCUUGCGCACGGCGAGGAUACUCCAAACACUAGACAACAAUCAUCUUUCAGAAGAGUUUGGUGUAGGAUAUACAACCACGACGAGGUCCUUGCCAGCUGGGACUCCAUCCGCGAAACCGCCAACAUCACUGACGCCCAACUAACCUCCCGCUUUCGCGCGACCGCGCUCUAUACCACGUUCAACAUUAUUCUGCCCUCGCCCCAAUUAUCUCAGCUAACCGGCAUUGACCUCGACCCGAACGAAUGCUUGUCAGUGACUUUGAUGCCCGAGAUCAAGUCGCAUUUCCCAGGCAUACAGGAGGAUGUGGUGGGCAACCUAGCGAGAGAUCAUAGAGCCGAGAGCUCAGGGGUCGAAGGACUGAGACUGGGAGACAUGUAUCAUCGUGUGAGAGAGCUUGUGAUGCUGGACCUGGGGCUGAGCGCAUUUUAUGGCAAAGCUCGAGGGGGUCUUGCUCCUGACCGAGGUACAAAGUUUUCAGAUGAGCCUCGGACUCGAGGUAUUAAUGCCUCUUGGUGCGGUACAUUUGCUUCCAAACUAUUAAGUACUUCUACUCGCUCUGCCAUAAUCCUCUAUCUCCCGGAAGCCUCGAGCGUCAUCAAGGUUUCAUGGUUCAGCAGUUCUUGA